AUGUCUACUGAUAAGAUUACUUUCUUGACCAACUGGCACGCGACCCCGUACCAUGCCCCCUUGUACCUUGCCCAGAGCAAGGGAUUCUUCGCCGAGCAAGGUCUCAAGGUUGCUCUGCUAGAGCCUAAUGAUCCUUCCGAUGUCACUGAGAUUAUCGGCAGUGGCAAGGUGGACAUGGGCUUCAAGGCCAUGAUCCACACCCUGGCUGCCAAGGCUCGCAACUUCCCAGUGACCUCGAUUGGCUCUCUGCUCGACGAGCCUUUCACUGGUGUUGUUUACCUCAAGGACAGCGGAAUCACCGAGGACUUCCGCUCUCUGAAGGGUAAGAAAAUCGGCUAUGUCGGAGAGUUCGGAAAGAUCCAAAUCGACGAACUCACCAAAUACUACGGCAUGACCGCGGACGACUACACUGCCGUCCGCUGCGGCAUGAACGUCACCAAGGCCAUCAUCAACGGUACCAUCGACGCCGGCAUUGGCCUCGAGAACGUCCAGAUGGUCGAGCUGGCCGAGUGGCUCGCAACGCAGAACCGCCCCCGCACUGACGUCCAAAUGCUCCGCAUCGACCAGCUCGCGGAGCUCGGCUGCUGCUGUUUCUGCUCGAUCCUGUACAUUGCCAACGACGCGUUCCUGGAAGCCAACCCUGAAAAGGUCACCAAGUUCAUGAACGCCGUCAAGCGCGCAACCGAGUACGUUCUCGCCGAGCCCGCAAAGGCAUACGAGGAGUACGUCGAUAUGAAGCCGAUCAUGGGAUCCCCCGUGAACCGCAAGAUCUUCGAGCGCUCCUUCGCCUACUUCAGCCGUGACCUGAAGAACGUCCAGCGCGACUGGAACAAGGUUACCAACUACGGCAAGCGUCUGGGUAUCUUGGAUGCGCAGUUCGUCUCCAACUACACCAACAAGUACCUCUCUUGGACGCUGGACGGGGACUCCGCUGAUCCCCUCGGUGAUCAGAAGCGUAUGGUGAAGCUGCAGGAGCAGGUUGCUUCCGAGGGUGGAUUCCACCGUUUGGAGGUGGCUGCUUAG